AUGCCUGCGGGUUCUGGGAAUACGGGUGGAUCGGUGGUUGGUGCAGGGUCGUCACUGCUUUGCAGCUCUUUGCGCAGCACCGGUUCUAGCACAGAAGGAGGAUCUCAGCCUGUUAAGCGGUCGCUUAAGAAACCCAAGUUACCAGUAGGUCGCUUUGAUGAACCAGAGGAGUCCAAUACAGAGAGGGAACCGCUGGAAAAAUUUCCUGAUGGAAUCAAUCCCACUACAAAAGAGAGGGGUGGACCGAAAGGCCCUGAACCUACACGUUACGGAGACUGGGAGAGAAAAGGGCGUUGUAUAGACUUCUAACGUACAAAUGUAUCUAUUGCUAAAAAAUUACUUUUAGCUGUUGAAAAGAGAUAAUG